AUGGAGUUCAUAGGAAGCAGUUACAGAGGAGAUACCAAAAAUGGCAGAAUGGAAGGACAAGGAGAGUACACCUUCCCCACUGGCACUAAAUAUGUAGGAGAGACAAGAGAUGGGAUGUUCCAUGGCAAAGGAGUGCUGCACUUUUCAACUGGAAGUAAAUAUGAAGCCAUCUGGGAAAACGGUAUCGCCAAACAGGGCUCAUUUACAUUUGCUGAUGGCCUGCAGUAUGAGGAGAAGGACUGGGACUACUGCAACGGUUACGACAGGCGCUUCUACAGCGAGAGGUGCAACGGGCUCAGACCGGCAGGAGAAUCUCAGAUGACUGAUGUUCAUCCUCCACGAGUCAUUCCUGAUGGAUGUUACGACUGUGCAGACGGUUUCUAUGACCCUACUACCAGAGUCGUCACUUCCUAUGCUGGCAGAUUCCUCAGGAAUGCAGACGACUCCGAACACGAGUGGAUUGUGCGGACUUGUCGGAAGGCCUGGGAUGAGGUUGUUGGCGUUGAUCCGGAAAAAUCUGUCGUAGCCAAAUCUGAAGAGAGCAGCACCAAAUAA